AUGCUCAAAGAAAUGGCGGCCCAUAUCCUGAACCUCAAGCUGCUGGUGAUCGUUCCUACUUUGGUGAUGGGACUAGGCAGAAUCGUCCCACUAGAAGGGAAUUUGCUGGGCAAAGACUUGGCGGGCGCCUUGCAUAUGCCGCGGAGGCUGCUGGUGGUCUUGGAGCUGAAGCAAGCAGCAGCUCUAGCUUGUCCGCCGCAGCUUUCGAGGAGAUGGUAA